AUCAUUAGUUCCCCGUUUUGCAACUAAAACCACCGUUUCUAUUGGAUAGAUUCAGAUAGGUCCCCUCCCGUUUCGUUGGCCUCCGUUUAUGGAACGUGUUGCAACAGAAUUGGCAUAAUGAAUGAGCCCCUGGAAAUCUUCUACUGUACAGAUGAAAACAGUUUGGCCAGCUGUGGCUUUCUGAUAACGUGUCUACAGUCGGGAACGAUAACAACAAGAAACAUACAUUCACUGGACUCUAAAGCUGCGUCUGGAUCAGUGUGUUCAGGUGUGUGUGUUUUGUCAGGUGAUCGUAAUGGCGGAGGGAGGCUUUGACCCCUGUGAGUGCAUCUGCACGCAGGAGCACGCCAUGAGACGACUCAUCAACCUGCUACGUCAGUCUCAGUCCUACUGUACAGACACAGAGUGUCCUCAGGACUUACCAGGACCCAGUGGCUCAGUAGGAGGUGGAGACCUGACUGUCCCCGUGGUUCUGAUGGGCUGGAUGGUUCUGGUUCUGCUCCUCUUCCUCCUCAGACCCAACAGCCUCAGAGGAUCCCCAGCACUGCCUGCCGGCAAACCUACUGGACCUCACAGUGUAGGUAUGGAGGGAGGAGGAGGGAUAGAGGGAACCUACUGGACCCCACAGUGUAGAGUCGUGACCAGGAUCCCCCAGCUCCACCAGUGGACUAGCAGCAGAACCAGACGGAACAGAACCGGAGAGGACCAGACGUUCUACUGGACAACCCAACAGCUUACUGCGACCUCUGACCCCUGUACAUCACAAUGCAUUUCCUGUUUAGUGCACUAGUUUAGACCCGAGCCCUAUGGGGGUAGCGCACUACUUUAGACCAGAGCCCUAUCGGGUAGUGCACUACUUUAGACCAGAGCCCUAUGGGGUAGUGCACUACUUUAGACCAGAGCCCUAUGGGGUAGUGCACUACUUUAGACCAGAGCCCU